AUGCUUAGCAAGGGUCUUCCUAUCACCCUCCUGGUCUUGCAGGGACUGGCAAUGGUGUCAGCCCAAAGCUAUGGUGCCGAGAAAGUAUGGGGAGUCUACGCAUUCACCGUCUUUGGAGACAGUACACCGGGUGUCCUCACCGGUCCUCGCACCCUCACCGAGUACGGAGCCAGCGAAAUGGCGGCAGCAGCAGCGGCCUUCCGGUAUCGUUAUGUAUCGACGGCUGGGAAUGGUGCCUCCAACACUGGCAUUCAGAACAUCUCGCCAAACAUUCUGGACUCGAACGACGUGCAUGUGCUUUCGACGACAGAUCAGUACAUCGUUGCUUCCGCUCAGGCGUUCAUGCAGGGUCUCUAUCCCCCUGUCGAUAUGAACACAACCAGCGCUCAACUGGCAAAUGGGUCGUACGCACAGGCACCGCUCAAAGGAUAUCAGUAUCCUGUAAUUAUAGCACUCGGCGAGUCGGAUCCUGCGUCUUUCUAUGUUGAGGGACAAGCAAAUUGUGAAAUGCAUGGAGCCGCCGAGGCUGAAUAUCGCGACAGCGAGGAAGUGGAUUUGAUCACACUGGACACAGAGGCCUUUUAUGUGAAACUCUGGAACUCAGCCCUGUCUGGCGUUUUUGAGGAUGAACGCUCAUCGACAUAUACAAACGCGGUGCCCAUCGCCGAUUAUUUGGAUUACGAGCUUGUGCACAAUGAGUCUUUGACUAAAGUGCUCAACCAAGCCGACAUCAUCCGUGCACGCUCGCUGGCUGAUAAGUUCCUAUACGACACAAACAGUCAACAGGACUCCUCCAGUGGGUCUAUUAUCAGAGCUGUCAGUCCGAUUGCGGGUAAGACGUUGGCAACGAGUAUCAUGGAAGCCUUUGAUAUGAACAUUCAAGAAAAUGGGUCUCAGCAGAAGAUGACAAUGCUGUUUGGCGGAGACGAGCCUGCUAUGGCUCUAUCAUCUCUGUUAGGGCUUGCAAACCAGCACCAGACCAAUUUCUUCUCUCGCCUUGUACGGGGUGGUUCGUUUGUCUUCGAGUUAUAUAGCUAUGAAGAGGAUGAGGAGUACCCGACGUACCCAGGAAGUGACAAUCUCUAUGUCCGAUUCCUGCUGCACAAUGGAACCGAUGAUACCACGCAGUUCCAGCCAUAUCCUCUAUUUGGCCACAGCCCCAGUCACUCCUAUAUUCGAUAUAGUGAGUUCCGCGCUGAGCUGGAAACUUUUGCGCUAUCCUCCAUUCAGGAAUGGUGCCUAGUGUGCAACUCUGCGUCUAUAUUCUGCACAGGAGUGUUGGGUACAGAUGAAUCUGAACCAGAGAAGAAAAGGAGUAUGGCGCCUGCCGUGGCUGGCGUCAUUGGUGCAGUUGUGACACUGGUUGUUGUUGGGCUUUUCACUGUCAUCGGCUUUCUUUUGUGUGGUGUUCGCAGGCGUCGAGAUAGCAAGCGAAGUUUGGGCGGGUUCAAAGGGACAGACAAGAUGGCCAGUGAUACGGACGUUGCUUUCCGUAGCCCUCUCUGGGGUGGUGCCAAGACCGAAAAUCAAAUCCAGGAUGCCUCUGCUGGAGUUGUUGUUCAGGGACAUGAACGGCUUGGGAGCUGGGAAAUGGGUCAGCAAGGAAAAGAGGUUGACCACAUUGGAUCAGAUGCUGCUGCAAGAUCGCGGUUUGAAGACGCUGAAGAGGACUGGGGCAGAUCAAAACCUCUCGAUCGAAGCAAAAAGCCAGUUCUCUCUGAGAAUCCCCAGAACCGUUCAAACAAAGGAUCAGCAAAGCCACGACCGGGCAAAAAAGUGAUAUCGAAAGCCAAGUCCCAAUCUCGUGCUGCCCAGGACAUCAAGACAUCAGGGCCAACUUUAUCCACCACUGAUACAGGAUUUGCACAGUUUCUGCAGAAGCACACGUCACCUAAGCAUCAGCGAGUCACAGCUGGAGGGAAAAUCGUGCCAAUGGCACUACCGAACCCCCGUCUGGAGGGCAUUUCACCUGUGCUUAUGGUCGUGAUGGAUGAUGACCCUUCCGUUGUUGGGCGUGUCUUACUCGGUGAUAAAGUGGUGGCUGGUCGACAGGCAGAUAGGUCUGGAGAUGGCCGAAGGAACUCCUUCUCUUCGGAUGAGGAUACUCUUCGUGUAUAUGGCGAGACAUCUAGGUCGUUUUCGCGUUUGUACCCCGCCGACCCUCUCUAUCUGGAUCCACGUGUUCCUCCUCGGCAUCCUCACAGUUCUAUCACAGACGACGUGCCGCUUCAGCAGGUUCCAGGGACCUCAGUGUUUGUGCCGGAUCCAAAUCAGCCCUCUUUCAUUCAGUUGGGUUUCAGUCUUGGUUCACGGUCCCGAUUUGAGUGGUAUGCCGAUGACCGUGCUGAGAGAUGGCUCGUAUGGGCUUAUGAAAUCCAGGAAGAGGAGUUUGUGAUGCAAGCAUUUGUGAGAAUGAGGAGUCUAGACAACUGGCCGGGGGUUGAUUUCUAUCGUCAGUAUAUCCGGUGUGCAUGGAUCUGUGGCCCUGUGGACACAGAAGAGGCCGAAGCACGACUGCGACACAAACUGAGCGUGCAUGAACAAUGGCUGGCCGAUGUUAACGAGGCUAUAGCUUUAGACCCUUGGUCCAGGCCCGACGGGAGAUCGCUGCACCACCGUAUUUACAACACCAACGAGCGGGCGAGGAUUUUGGCCGCUCUCGAAGAGCUUGAAGGUAUCAGGGACAUCCAGGCCGAUAUGAACCUUGGUGAGCAUUCAAUCUCCGGAACCAACACCAGCACUGUUGGGGAAACCACCAUGGAACCAGCCGUUCAGGAUGGCAGCCACGCACCAGCCGAUAGCCCAGAUGAUGAGGUCUCCAACGAUGGACCAAAUGAUAUCUCAUUUGUAAGCCAUGCAAGAGCCACUGGACCAGUCACCAUCAUCGAUCCUCACACUUGCCGUCCCAUUGACCUGCAGGGACUACAACAGAAAGCGAAAAAGAAAGACGCCAGCGGACAUGGCCAUGCCAAUGGAGGUGGCGCGCAUCUUGGUCAUAGAAAGGGCUUCGCUGAGGUGAACUCAGAGAUGGUCAGCUAUGAUAGCAUUGGUGAGACGACGGGUAUGCCGAUUCCGGUUGGAAGCAUGGACCGGCCUCUUGAUAUCGGCCAAUCCUCCGGUCAGGCCGUCAAAGAAUUGACCGAGAGUGAUAACGGCACGUUCCUGGCUGAAAAUAAUCAGCUCACAUCGUGGAUCCCGCAAGAGAUAUUGACAGACUCUCGUCCGACUAUCACGGAGAUCGACCAGGAGUUCUUUUCCCCAGAUGAAAACGAGGUUGCUGCUGUUAUCGUAGGGGGUCGUACAGUUUCAAGCCCUGUGAUGAGAAGUGCCGGCCAACAGGCGGAUCCUGAUACCGGUGAAAUUGCAUUUCAAAAGGGCCAAGCGGCCGAAGUUAAAGAGCGCAUUGAAAAGAUCGCGCGAGGCAAACAGGAUGGUGAGACCAAAACUACAGGAGACGACAAUGGUGGCCUUCAAGAUGAUGAGCUCGUUGUGGGAUCUUCCGGACGAAAUCCAUCGGCCCAACGUCACCAACGCAAGAGAUCUCGGUCUAUCAUUCUCACAGACACUCUCAGCGCAAGCAGUCUCAAUGAAAAUGAGACCUUGCAAUUCGACUUGGAAGACUUGUCGGACUCGUCAUGCACAUCGGAAAUACCCCUGCUCUCGAACCAAGACCCUUCCCCUCACAUCAGGGCCCGCCUAACUAUUAAGCCAAGUUACCCCACCGUGCUUUCGUCGCUGUUGAUCCAAUUGCACGCUCCACAUGCUGCACCCGCCAUUGUCUUGACCAGCAAGAUCGAAGUCUACGCCUCCUUUGCGAUGAGCUAUCGGGUUGAGCGUUCUGGAUACUAG